AUGAAAAUUUAUAAACAGCGUAAUGUGUAUUAUCUCGACCUCAAGAAGCAAAUACUGUCAGGAUACACUGAAAUACACGUCAGAAGAGAGUACAAGGAGAACAGAUUCACAUUCAGGUGCUGCUGCCUGACCAUUACGUCUGCGAAGAUAUUGGCUGGAAAUGGAAUUGAACUUGAACCAAAAUGGGUUUCGAAGGGGAGACCUGCAGCGAAGGAGGAGUCUGAUGGAUUCGAGCUGCAGAUUCCCAAGACAUUCAAGCUCUCCACCUUUGUGCUACGCGUGCUCUACGAGAAGGAGAAGGACUCUCCUGGUGUCAUCUACUAUGAGCCAGUUGGGAAGAAUGACGAGCAUAGGGAGAUGGUGGUGUACGAUGCGGUGUACUCUGCGCCGUACAUGGAGCAGAUCACCGACAUCGAGAUGAUCUACGUGAUGCCAAACAACCGAAACAUCGAAAUUGCAUCUUCUGGCAAGUUUGUCUCCUUCAGCGAGAAAGAGAAUAGCCUCAUUUAUGCGUAUGAAUCAAGGAUGACGUGUCCAUCGAGCAUCAAAUUUGCCCUUGGAACGUACCAGGCGCAGUCAUUUCUGGAAGAGGGGACGCUCUACACGCCUGGAAACUUCGACCUGUUUCUCGACGAGUUCGUAGGGGACAUGCAGAACAUCAUCAGGUACAUGAACUGCUACAGCGAGCUGCCUGUUCCAACUGUGGUCUUCACGUUGUGCCCCUUUUUGUCACUGACUGGGAGGAACCUGAUUGUGCUGAAUUUGAGCAGCCUGGGCCGAUCACGGGACAUCGAAAUGAACUUCGGGCUGAAGGAGACGCUCUGCGACCUGCUGGCCGAGCAGAUGUUCAUGUUCUUCAACCACAGCCUGGUCGACUCGUGGAUAUUCCAGGGACUCAGCGGAUACCUCGCUGACAUGGCUCUCAGGUUCCUGAUGGGCCACAACACGUUUCUGUUCCGAUACAGCGAGGACAAGGAGUUUGUGAUCGAGAACGACGUGGUUGAGCCACCGCUGUUCUACUCGGAGCGAAGGAAGUUCGACUACAAGUCGCAUUUCUUCAGGGCCAAAUCGAAGCUGGUUUUCCAUACGCUCCACAACCAGCUUUCUGGUGCAUUUGUGAAGAAGAUGAUUCUGGCAGUGACACGAGCAAAGCAGAACGAGUUCAGAAACAACACGGUUGAGACGAGGAGGAGCAGGCCGCCAGUCCACGCGGAGCAGUCGCAUCAGUCGCACUCCUCGUCGAGUCGAAUCACAGUCAGAAUCACCAAAUCAGUGAAGUUCCAGAAAGUGAUCAAAAUCGAGUUGCCGAAGAAGAGGCAGCCGCUGGUGGCGGUGCGGGGGCAGGAGACCGGGAUCGAGGAGCUGAUUGGGCUCGAGGAGCCGCAGGCUGAGGACGAGGGCUGCUUCACGCCCUUUUUCAUCAAAAUAAUCAAGGACUCCUCUGGGAAGGACAUGAAGAGCUUCUUCGACUUCUACGUCUUCAAUGCCGGGCUGGUUGUGAUCGACCUGAACGUGCGACUGAACACGAAGAAGGGCCGCGUGGUGAUAGAGACGAAGCAGACGAGCACAACGAGGCUGAAGACGGCAAAUACGGCACACUACUCCUUCGUGAAAAUCAAGUCAGUCGAAACAGAUGGAACAUUCAACCAGAAGAUUCUGCUGAAUGGGCAGAACUCGUACGCGAUUCACAAGAAGGCGGAAGGGGGGACGGUGCUGUUCAUUCGCGCAGACUGCAAGCGAGAGAUUCUGGGACGAAUCAGAGUCAACCAGCCCGAGGCCCUCUACGUCGAGCAGCUGCUCGACAAGAACGUGACUGGGCAGCUCGAGGGAGUCGACUUCUUCAGAAACAACACGAGCAGCAAGGCCAUUGACGUCUUGGAGCGAGUGGCAGAGAAUCCCCACACUUUUCACCAGGUGAAAAACAGGAUUUAUGGGAUACUGGCAAACGUGUUCACGAGGACGUACGAUCCAGUGGACGAGACCGAGUCCAAGUACAACGGGCUCAUGCGACUGAUUCAGAUGUUCAUCAAACUCAGGUGCGUCCCAAACUCAACCAUUGUAAAAAACACCGAAAUGGGCAUAUUGAACUUUCUGAUUCAGAAGUCACUCGUGAAGAAGAUCACCGACUUCCACACCGACCAGAACGAGACUGCAGACGGCACAAGCAACGUGAGUGUGGUCGUGGCGUUCCUGAACAACAUCAUCAACUACAAUGACACCACCAAGGAGCACUUUGAUGAUCCAUACUAUUUGGCAAAUAUUCUGAAUAAGCUGACAAUAUACAAGUUGCACCUGAAUGAGGACAUCAGGACCAUUCUCAGCAGCGUAGAGCGAUUCAGGCUGCUUGACAUGGUCUUUCCGUCCCCAAGGAAUCUGAUCACGAAGACGUGUCUGAUUUGUUUGAUGCGUUUUGCAUACGCGAACAAAAUCAGGCUCAGAGAGGAGUUUCUGACUGGGCUAUCAAAAUACCCAAAUUACAUAGAAUUGAGAGUGGUGGCAAUAGAGGCACUCUUCCUGUUUCACAUCGAGACAGUGGAGUUCAGGGCAUUCGUAGGCGACAGGCAGAUCGUAGUAGCAGUUCUGAAGAUCAUAAUAAAGAUGGUUGAACUGGGAUUCAGGAGCAUUAGAGUAUGGCUCAAGCAGAACUAUAACGACAUUCUGGAUGCGUAUAGGCCGUGUAUGGGACUGGAGGAGAGCGAGUACUUCGAAAUUGUGCUGGGAAAGCACACUGUGAAUGAACACGAAUAUUUGCAGCAGAAAGUAUUCGAGAUCAAUUAUGCAUUGGAACACAAGCAGGGAAUAAGCAAAGUUGUCGAACGGGUGUUGGGAUCAAAGAAGAUUGUGCUCAGGGACUUCGUUAAGUUGCGGAAGAUGGUGUUUGCUCGCACACUGAAGCUGAGACUGCCCCUUGUGAAGGAAGAGCAGAUUGAGGAGUACGAGAACAGAUUCAAAAUAUGCCUGAAAUACACCAAAUAUAGGCCAAUUAACGAGUUCAAGGGCGUAUUGCUACGACUCAGAACACACGGGAUCAUUAUACGAUAUAGAAACUGCGAUAUUCCAUUUCUGAUAAUGCAAGGAAUCAGGGCCAAUAAGAGUUUUACUGGAAUUGAGAAAUAUCUCAGGAGUCUCAAGCACAUGGAGAAGUACGACACCGAUGCACUUCCAAUAAGAAGAACAGAGGAAGAGUACACCAGAGAGAGGAUGAUUGUGACACACAUGGAGCAGAAACAGGGUGGCAGCAACAAGCAUUACACGCUGGCCAACUUCCUUGAUUCGCUCUACUCAAAAAGUAUCAGAUUUGUAUUCUUAUGCAUUCCAAUAACAAGCAAGGUCUAUCUUGGAUGCAAGAACAUGGUCUCAGUGAUAGAGAAGACGCUCUACCAGCAUUCCACAAUUCAGAAGACCGUGACACUGCUGGAUGAGGUGACCAGAAAAGAGGCCAUUGAUUUCGUAACUGGGCUGCUUCAAAAUGAGAAGUAUUCGGUAUUCAGGAAAAUGGUUGAUACGGAAGACUACAAGAACUACAAUGACGUAAUCAGAACACCAAUGUGUCUGGAAAGAGUAUUGGAGAAGCUGGUGAUCAAUGAUGAUCUAAAGGGAGUGAAGUAUCAGACGUGCGACUGUCUCUGUUUGGAUUUGAGGCGGAUUCCACGAAAUGGUCUCCAAUACAACCUGAAAAACAGUGAGAUCCAUCACACGGCUGAGAUAUUACAGGAGGAGAUCAACAUGUUCAUAUCACAGCACAUUCAACCAAAACCAACGAGAUCAAAGAGGAUUCUGGCACAGAUGUUCAAGAAGCACGACACCAAGAACUUUGAUUUGGAGAUUGAUUUGGGGAAUGUGCGGACAUGGGAGGACUUGGAUAACGAGCUGACUGAGAUCAAGAAGAAGUAUUCUCGCUACUCUCAGAAUGGGAGGAUGCUGGGCGAGAAGCUGUUGCAAGUCAGACAGGAGAUCGAGGGCACGUUCUUCGUGGCCAAUGGUCGCAUCACAAACAUUGAUGAAUAA